AUGGCGGAAUGUGGUGGAGUUGACAGCAACCCAAGUAGUCACACCAUGGAUAAAAGCAUUACUCUUCCGCCCGACGAAAUAUUCCGCAAUUUGGAGAACGCAAAGCGCUUCGCAAUAGACAUAGGUGGAUCUCUGACCAAGCUUGCCUACUACUCAACUGUGCAACACAAAGUGGCCAAAGUGCGAUCUUUCGACCACACUGCAAAGGAGGCUGCCAGUGACAAGCUGUAUGAAAUAUCAGUGCAGGAGGAAGUCACUGCACGCCUGCACUUCAUCAAGUUUGAAAAUGCUUACAUUGAAACGUGCUUGGACUUCAUCAAAGACCAUCUGGUCAACACUGACACCAAAGUUAUCAAAGCCACAGGUGGAGGGGCACACAAGUUCAAAGAACUGAUUGAGAGAAAACUGGGACUCAAAGUGGACAAAGAAGAUGAGAUGACCUGCCUCAUUAAGGGCUGUAAUUUUGUGCUGAAGAAUAUACCCCAUGAAGCUUUCGUGUAUGCCAAGCAUGCCGACUCAGAGUUCCGCUUUCAGACGACUAAUCCAGACAUCUUCCCUUACCUGCUUGUGAACAUCGGCUCUGGAGUGUCCAUAGUUAAGGUUGAAUCAGAGGACAAAUUUGAGCGAAUAGGAGGAAGUUCGAUAGGUGGAGGGACGUUCUGGGGCCUUGGAGCCUUGCUCACUAAAACAAAGAGAUUUGACGAGUUACUACAGUUGGCCUCAAAAGGGCAGCAUACAAGUGUCGAUAUGCUUGUCAAAGAUAUCUACGGAGGAUCUUAUGGGUAUUUGGGCUUGACUGGAGAUCUUAUUGCGAGCAGUUUUGGGAAGUCUGCUACUGCUGACAAAGAGUUUUCUAAAGAAGACAUGGCCAAGAGUUUACUACAUAUGAUCAGCAACGACAUCGGGCAGCUGGCCUGUCUGUAUGCCAAGCUCCACAACCUGUCAAGAGUGUACUUUGGAGGCUUCUUCAUUAGAGGACACCCGGUUACCAUGCACACCAUCACCUACAGCAUCAACUUCUUUACCAAGGGUGAAGUUCAGGCCUUGUUCCUAAGACACGAAGGCUAUCUUGGAGCCAUUGGAGCAUUUCUUAAAGGAGCAGAGGAAGACAAUCCAAACCAGUACAGUUGGGGUGAAAACUAUGCGGGAAGCUCAGGCCUCAUGAGUGUUUCUCCAGAUAUGAAUCCCAUGCAACGUGCUCGUAGUGGAACGUUUCCCUUUGACAUGCUGGAGAUGGACCGUCUGGAGAGGCAGCUGAUGAAUCUGCCUCUGCUGCAAGACCCUUCUUCUUACAUCCCUGACACUGUGGACCUCACAGAGGAUGCUCUGGCCCGUGAAUACUGGCUCGACUGUUUUGAAGAGGCCCUAGAUGGGGUGGUUAAGAGAGCUGUAGCGAGCCAGCCUGACAUGCCGGAGGCAGCCCUGCGAGCAGAGAAGUUUCGUCAGAAAUAUAGACACAAGCUUCAGACCCUCCGCAACCAGCCAUUUGCUUAUGGAUCCCUCACUGUCAGAAGUCUCUUAGACACGAGGGAACACUGUUUAAACGAGUUCAACUUUCCUGAUCCCUACUCUAAGAUUAAACAGAGGGAGAAUGAUGUUGCUCUCAAGUAUUACCAAAAGGCAGUGAAGUCCUUGGAGGAGUUGAGCUGGGAGGAGAGACAGUUUGCUCUUGUCAGGGGCGUCCUGGCGGGGAAUGUCUUUGACUGGGGAGCCAAGGCCGUGUCAGACGUCCUGGAAUCGGACCCUGAGUUUGGAUUUGAGCAAGCGAAACGACAACUGGAAGAGCGGCCAUGGCUUGUUGAUUCCUAUGACCAGUGGCUCGAGAGACUAAAGGGUCCCCCUCAUAAGUGUGCCUUGUUUUUCGUAGAUAAUAGUGGAGUUGACAUCAUUCUAGGGGUGAUGCCUUUUGUCAGAGAGCUUCUCUCUCGAGGAACAGAGGUUGUGUUGGCCAGCAAUUCUGGUCCAGCGUUGAACGACGUAACAAAUGGAGAACUGCAAAUAUUAACUGAAAGAAUUGCUGCUAUGGAUCCUGUGAUUCAGGCUAGUCUGAGCGAGGACAGGUUGACAUUGGUCCAAAGCGGUUCCAGUUCUCCCUGUCUGGAUCUGAGCCGCCUGGACAAAGUGCUGGCAAUGGUGGCUCGGGAGCGGCAGACCGACCUGGUGAUCAUCGAGGGAAUGGGCCGAGCCAUUCACACCAACUACUACGCCAUGCUCAGCUGUGAGAGCCUCAAGAUGGCCGUCAUCAAAAAUUCGUGGCUGGCCGACCGACUGGGAGGAAAGCUCUUCAGCGUGGUUUUCAAGUACGAGGUACCAGCUGGAAAACCCGGUCAGGACUCUGCUGCAUUGACACCCUCAUGAGUGCGACAAAACUCAUGUUUGAGGGAGACAGAACACUGAAUUCGAGCGACCAGCUUGGUUUAGUUGGAGGUCCGAAUGUAAGACGAUGAUCAUAUAACUGCCACUGAAAGAAUGAGUGAUUGUAACUUUGACUGUUAAAGGUUGGAUCAGUUUUUAAGGGUGAUCAUUAAUAGGGGAGAUUUUACAUUUUAUUUUUAAACUAUGUUGAUUUCACUGUCUGUUUCAUGAACAUGCUUUUUGGAAGGUCAUUGUCUAAUCUCUGGUUCAAUCACUUGGUUUGCCACAAUCAUUACUGUCACCUGAUGAUCUGAUUCACCACGCUGGAUAUGGGUGUGCGCUGGGUAUUUCAUGUGAAGUGAAGUCAUCACUGGCUGCAUUCAGUAAACUUUAACAGAUGCGAUCUUAAGCUUGUAGAAAAACAAAUCAGAAACUAAGCUUUUAUUUUAAAAGUGGGCUUCAGUUGUUGACACACUGCCAAUGCGACUGUGCACACAUAUGGGGGGUGGACGACUGUGGCUGGUGUGUGUUUGUGUGUGGGAGAGAAAAAGAGCUGCAGGAGUAAUUACAGCUUACAGCGAUAAGACUUUUUACAUUCAGUAAAGGGUAUUUAAUGUGCCUUAAGGCUGAUGAUAUGAUGACAGGCAUCAUUCACUCAGAUUGCUUUUAAUUCCUGUCGACCGCUACAAUACUACACAGAUAUCUGCUUUCUAGCACUCUCAUGCCACAGACUUGAAAGAUUCCGUAGAUUUCUUGUUUUUCAUUACUGCCAGCGAAUGUAUUGAGAUUAAAAAAUGAGUCAUUGUCACCGUCACUUGUGUAGCUGUUGAAGUGGAAUCAGGGAAGAUGUUUCAUCAGUGGGAGAAGCAGCACUUUAUCACCGUGAUUAAAGAAAUGGGGUUCAUCCACAAGGUGGCAGUGUUCUACUGUGAUGUAGAUUUUAAAUAUUUUACUCAAAUCUCUCCCAAGGUGCUUGGUGUCAAAAUUAACACUGCAUAUAUCAGGAUAAAUAUUCUGUUAGCAUCACACAGAGCUAGAGCGUCCCGAGCUGGCCAUGGCAUGAGUCCAUGCAUUCACUGUAGUUAACUGGCAUGUACAAAUACACACUGUAAUCCAUCCCUACGUCACAAAUGCAAUUGUUUGAAGGCAAUAAUACUGCAGCACCUAGUUGUAACAAACAUCAAACACUGUGUGAUUGUGAAGUGGCUGACUGUAUUGGUAACGUCAUCAUUAAUAUCUGAAUUCAAGGUGGGGUCAGAUUUGAAAAGCCUUGGUGUGACAAUAUCUUGCAAAGUUACAGUUGCUUCACUUGUGGACUCAUUGCAAUAUUUUAUUUUUCAUUUGUACAUAUGUGUGAGAAAUAUAUAUAUACAUAUAUAUAUAUAUAAAAUUCAGUUGCAUCCCUUCAGUUAAGCACACCAAGCACACUUUUGUGUAUUAUUCUCCUGACAAUCAAUUUUAAUUAAAUGGUACAAAACCUUUAUUUUA